GCUGCACCCCUCCCGCCGCCCUCCUAUAAAUCCGGUCGACGCCACCGCCUGUUCGUCCCCCAUCCUCACAUCCCACGCCACACCCUCCCAAUCCCCUCGCAUCCCCAUACCUUCCUUCCUUCCUUCCAACGACCGCGCCGUAGCGGUACGUGUGCGAUUCGUUAGGGGCCGGGCGAGCGAGCGAGAGCGCAAGAAAGAUGUCGACGUGCGCGGCGGACCUCGCGCCGCUGCUGGGCCCGGCGGCGGCGAACGCCACGGGCUACCUCUGCAGCCAGUUCGCGGACACGGCGUCGGCGGUGGACGCCACGUACCUGCUCUUCUCGGCGUACCUCGUCUUCGCCAUGCAGCUCGGCUUCGCCAUGCUCUGCGCGGGCUCCGUCCGCGCCAAGAACACCAUGAACAUCAUGCUCACCAACGUGCUCGACGCCGCCGCGGGGGCGCUCUUCUACUACCUCUUCGGCUUCGCCUUCGCCUUCGGCACGCCCUCCAACGGCUUCAUCGGGAAGCAGUUCUUCGGCCUCAAGCACCUGCCCAAGACCGGCUUCGACUACGACUUCUUCCUCUACCAGUGGGCCUUCGCUAUCGCCGCCGCGGGCAUCACGUCGGGCUCCAUCGCCGAGAGGACGCAGUUCGUCGCCUACCUCAUCUACUCCGCCUUCCUCACGGGGUUCGUGUACCCGAUCGUGUCGCACUGGUUCUGGUCCACUGACGGGUGGGCCGCCGCGAGCCGCACCUCCGGCCCGCUCCUCUUCGGCUCCGGCGUCAUCGACUUCGCCGGCUCCGGGGUUGUCCACAUGGUCGGCGGCAUCGCGGGGCUCUGGGGUGCGCUAAUCGAGGGGCCCCGCAUCGGGCGCUUCGACCACGCCGGCCGCUCCGUGGCGCUCAAGGGCCACAGCGCGUCGCUCGUCGUGCUCGGCACCUUCCUCCUGUGGUUCGGCUGGUACGGGUUCAACCCGGGGUCCUUCAACACCAUCCUCAAGUCCUACGGCCCCGCCGGGACCGUCCACGGGCAGUGGUCGGCCGUGGGCCGCACCGCCGUCACUACCACCCUCGCCGGCAGCGUCGCGGCGCUCACCACGCUGUUCGGGAAGCGGCUCCAGACGGGGCACUGGAACGUGGUGGACGUCUGCAACGGGCUCCUCGGCGGGUUCGCGGCCAUCACGGCGGGCUGCAGCGUCGUCGACCCCUGGGCCGCCGUGAUCUGCGGGUUCGUGUCCGCGUGGGUGCUCAUCGGGGCGAACGCGCUCGCCGCGCGCCUCAAGUUCGACGACCCGCUGGAGGCCGCGCAGCUCCACGGCGGGUGCGGCGCAUGGGGCAUCCUCUUCACCGCCCUCUUCGCCAAGCAGAAGUACGUGGAGGAGAUCUACGGCGCGGGGAGGCCGUACGGGCUGUUCAUGGGCGGCGGCGGGCGCCUCCUCGCCGCGCACAUCAUCCAGAUCCUGGUCAUCGCCGGGUGGGUGAGCUGCACCAUGGGCCCGCUCUUCUACGCGCUCAAGAAGCUCGACCUGCUGCGCAUCUCGGCCGACGACGAGAUGGCCGGCAUGGACCUGACCCGUCACGGCGGGUUCGCCUACGUCUACCACGACGAGGACCCCGGCGACAAGGCCGGGGUUGGUGGGUUCAUGCUCAGGUCCGCGCAGAACCGUAUCGAGCCGGCGGCGGCGGCGGCGGCGGCGACGACCGGCAACCAGGUGUAAAAAUCAAACAGAACGAGAAGGGAUAGAUUACGUGCUUGCCUUUUUCUGUUUAUACCGCGUCAUAUUUUGACGAUUUCGAUCGCAUCUGCCGCUGCCGGUACCGUUUGGGCCAAAUGCUCGGCCACUUUGAUUUGGUAGCAAAGAGUGGCAGGGCGCGUGACGAUCGAAGCACGUGCGAGUGUGGUUUUGGUUGGGGUUUUCUCUAAUCUGUACAUGUGUUUUAAGAAAGUCCGUGGAUGGUUUAUGGGUAGGGGCUAGGGUUUAUCUUUAAUUCGGCUAUUUUUGUGGUGGGGUCGUUUGAUCGGAGGGAGCUCGGAACGUGUGGCGGGCUGCUGGUCAAGAUAGGUGGCUCGUGAGGGUUGAAACACAACUGGAGGGUUCCGUCCUGUGGUUCCAUCCAUCGAAACUUCGGCGUGUUGCUUGAGUCCAUCUAGUGGCUGGCUUUGGGUGUGUGCCCUUUUAUAUGGAGUGCGUUUAUGUCCAUUAUAUGAUGCCAAAAAUACCAUAUCACAAUAAUAAAUUCCCGAUUCCCCUGCUGUA